CCAUUUUUUUCCUCCCUCCUGGCUGGCUCCAUAUUCCUUUUUUUUUUUUUUUUUUUUUUACAUGAUUGGAUCGAUCGUCCCUUGAUUGUCAGCCGAAUCUUUCGUUUGUGCACCGGUCGACAAAUAUGACGCCAUGACUGAGGUUCUCCUGGUCAGAGAGCAGGUGCUGCUGUGCUGAGCUCUGCUGUCUCGAUGAGCAACGCCGACAACCCACAGAAACGCACCACCUACCUCAUCUCCCUCACUCUGGUGAAGGUUGAGGCUCUGCCGGAGCAGGAGGAUGCAGAGGUGAAGGAGCCCCUUCCAGAGGGGGAAGGGAAGAAGGAAGAGGAGGAGGUGAAAAGAGGCCCCAAAGAGGAGGAUGGAUGUGUUGGUCCACAAGUGGUGGAUAAAGAGAGCGCACAAGUGGAAGAAGAAGUGGAGCAGGUGCAGGUCAAGUAUGGCAGCCCUAAUGAGAAUUGGGGGAAAGCCGAGCGCAGAGACUUUAAAGACGUUGUUCCGCCUGCUAAAAGCAAGGACCCUUCCGUGGUCCACCCAGCGGCGAGGCAAAUGGUGAAGGUGUACAGCGGGAGCAGCUUCGAGGCUACCGUCCGCAGAGAGGGCCUUCGCUCCGACGCCUCGCGCCCCAAGACGGAGCUCUACCGCGAGCCUCCCAGGCUCUACCUCAAAGGUGAGAACGGAGCGGAGCUGAGCAACCGCUCGCGCUGCAGCCUCCCGUUUUCCAUCCCGCCUCAGGUGAGCCAGCGCCCCGAAGUGCUGAUGAGGUCGCACGUGGGGGCCAGCUCAGCAUGCUGGAGGGACGCCAGAGACGCCAACAGCAGUUUGUAUCACUCUGCCAAGACUCUAGAGCGCAGGGAGCAGCCCCCCUUGGUGGCGGCGACGACUCUGGGGCCUUACAGGGCGUCCUGGGCCGACAGCGACGGGAGGGGAACGCUCAUCCGUCCUGCGGCUCCCCUCAGUGGAGGCUAUUCCGGGAUAAUGAACAGGGAUAACUCUCACGAAGAAAGGUUUAAGGUUUCCCUGGCUGCACCUGCCACCUCCGAUGGGAACCGACCUCAGCGAAAAGGAACAAGUCGCACCCUGGACAACAGCGACUUGCACUGCCUCUCUGAGGACGCCAGGAGGGGGAAGGAGGGCCAAGGAGGAACGAUCCAGAGAGCUCCUCCACGUGACCGCAAGAUGCUCAAGUUCAUUAGUGGGAUUUUCACCAAAAGUGCAGCUGGGCCACCGAAUGUCAGCACUGCAUCUGCCCUCUAUCCAGCUGUGGAGAGGGGCUCCAGCGAGGAGGAGGCUGCAUGCACCAGCAGCCAGGAAUGGACCAUCACUCAAACUGUACAAGAACUUCACCUGGCUGUGUUGGGAGGUCUAUGCAGUGGGAAGUCUGCUCUGGUCCACAGACACUUGACAGGAAGUUAUCUGGCACUGGAGAAUGCUGAGGGGCACCAGUACAUUAAAGAUGUCCUUGUUGACGGACAGAGCCACCUGUUGAUCAUCAGAGAAGAGACAGAACUCCCGGGAGCCCAGUUUGCCAGUUGGCUCGACGCUGUCAUCCUGGUCUUCAGUUUGGAAAACGAGGCCAGCUUCCAGGAAGUGUACAAGAUCUACCACCAGCUCGCUCUCCACCGGCCAGUCGCUGAGAUACCUUUCGUAGUGGUCGGCACGCAGGACAAGAUCAGCAGCAGCAACCCUAGAGUUAUAGACGACGCCAGGGCCAGACAGCUGUGCUCGGACGUGCGGCGAUGCACCUAUUAUGAAACCUGCGCCACGUACGGCCUCAACGUCAACAGAGUCUUCAAUGAUGCUGCUCAGAAGAUCAUGGCUGCCAAGAAGCAAGCUGCCUUACUGGCUUCCUGCAAAUCCCUUCCCAACUCUCCGAGUCACUCUGGAGGCUCCACUCCAGUGUCGGGUGUCUUUCCAGGACAGGCCAGCAAUGGUGGUCAGAGUAGCGAUUACUCCUCAUCACUUCCUUCCACCCCCGUGAUUAGCCAUAAAGAGAUUAGCCGGUCUGCACGAGGGGAGAAACAGGACAGUGGCACUCCCGGUUCGAUCCGCAGCGCCACCCGGCGACGCACGGCACGUUUUGCGGGUCGCAGAGGCAGUGACUCAGCCAGGCGAAGUGCAGACUGCAAAGAUGUGGGCAGCGGACGCUUUAUUCCUAUCAAGCAGGGCUUUUUGCUCAAGCGCAGCGGAAACUCGCUCAACAAAGAGUGGAAAAAGAAGUACGUGACCCUCUCCAGCGACGGCAUACUGUCGUACCACUCCAGCGUCAAUGACUACAUGCUGAAUACCCCCGGGAAAGAAAUGGACCUGCUGCGAGUGACGGUGAAGGUGCCGGGCAAGCGCCCCCCUCGCGCCACACCCCCUGGCGGGCCUCCAGUCGGGCUCAAUGGGAGGGUGAAAGAUGGUCCUGAAGGUGUCAGCCUGGUUCCUGUCAGCGCCAGCAGCUUCCUGCAAGUGGAUGACAUGGACGGCCUGGGAAGCGCACUCUUCCUGAGGAGUAACAGAGGAGUGCAACGUUGCGCCUCGAAUGUCUCCAACCACGCUCAAAGUGUCGACUCUGCAUUUGAGGGCGUAUCCAGCUCUUCAUCCACCAAAGACGUGGGCUCCACGUCCCCAGUGGAGGACAGAAAAAAGCAUCGCAGGAAGAAGAGCACGAACCAGAAAGGGGACGCCACCAUUGGCCAAGCAGAUGCCAAGCGCAAAAUGUGGAAGCUGAAAAGCUUUGGUAGCUUAAGAAACGUGAGCAAAACAGAGGAAGAGAACAAUGACUUCCUGGUUGUGUCGAGUUCGGGCCAGACGUGGCACUUUGAAGCCCAGAGUGUGGAGGAGAGGGACUCCUGGGUCCAGGCCAUCGAGAGCCAGAUCCUGGCCAGCCUGCAGCUGUGCGAGAGCAGCAAAAACAAGGUUCGCAAAAACAGUCAGAGUGAGGCAGUGGCUCUGCAGGCUAUUCGCAACGCUAAGGGCAACAGUUUUUGUGUCGACUGCGACGCUCCAAAUCCGACGUGGGCCAGUUUGAACCUCGGCGCCCUGAUUUGCAUCGAGUGCUCGGGCAUCCACAGAAACUUGGGAACUCACGUGUCCCGCGUUCGCUCUCUGGAUCUCGACGAUCUGCCCCAAGAGCUCACGUUGGUCCUCAGCGCCAUUGGCAACCACAUGGUUAACUACAUAUGGGAGGCGCGCACAAUGGGCCACCGUAAACCCACGCCUGAUGCCACCCGGGAGGAACGUGAGUCAUGGAUUCGAGCCAAAUAUGAGCAGAAACUAUUUGUGGCGCCCUUGCCUCCUCCUUCUCCUAACGAGGGUCCAGACAUCACGCUGUCGGGUCGUCUCCUGUUGGCUGUGAUGGAGCACAACCUCCCUAAAUUGCUGCUACUUUUGGCCCACUGCACCAAGGAAGACGUCAAUGGCGCCCCCAGCAUGACGCUCUCCUCCAGGUCGCUCCCGGCAUUGCGGCUGCCCGGUUCAGCUCUUCACGCCGCCUGUCAGCAGGCCGAUGUGGUGAUGACACAGCUUCUUGUGUGGUAUGGCUGUGAUGUUCGUUGUCGGGACGCUCAGGGUCAAACGGCGCUGACCCUGGCUCGCAUGGCGGCCAGCCAAGAGUGCGCCGACAUCCUGCUGCAGUAUGGCUGUCCCAACGAACCCGCCCCUUCCGUGGCCACGACCGGCGGAUUUGUAUCGGCCGCCGCCCCCGGCUUUCCCGUCGCCAUGACGCAGAGCCUGACGGUGGCCACCACUCUAAAGAUCUCGCACAAGAGCGGCGGCACCAGCUUCAACUACAGCACUUCCAGAAGAACCGUGUCGUAAUGGAGAGAUCGGAUCAAGGACGGAAUAAGGGUGCCGCCAGACGUUGGAGAACUGCUGUGAGGAAGCAACACACACGCUGGCUAAUGCCACAAACAUUUUACCGACUGCUCUUUGUUUGCAGCUAAUUUAAAGUACAACACCAAUUUAUUCUUCAAUCAAGUAUGGCGAUCCACCUAAACAUAUAAAUGUAAACAACUGCAAUAAGAUGGUAUUAACUGCUAUGUACAUUGUGUACAGUGGGAAAAUAAGUAUUUGAUCCCAUGCUGAUUUACUAAGUUACCCUCUUACAAAUAUAUGAACUGUCCAGAAUUAUUAUUGUAGGUUUAUUCAGACCAAACAUCUCAAGGUGAUGCCAAAGAGGUCAAGUUUGGUCUCAUGUGACCACAUCACUCUCUACCAUACCUACUAGAUUUUACAGAGCGAUUUCAAGACGCUCCAAUUGUUCAGUUCAGUUCAGUUUAUUUUGAUCAUGCAUACAAUACAAUACAAUUACAAUUACAAUGUAAUGCCUCACAUAUUUCCAGUUGUUUCAUUACAGCAUGUCCGAAAAGGAGUAGGAAGAAGCAGGGCUUAUUUAAUAUUUAAUAAUUGUGGUUUCUUUCUCACACAAGCUUCUUGGUAAUGGUCUUGACAACUUGCCCAUGGUCUUGGAGGGGUUUGAAUGGAAGAGACCUUGUCUUCUAUCCAAAUAACUAGUUGAAAUUAGGAUUAAUUUCUGAAAUUAAUUGCUUUGCUUCAUUGGUUAAAUCACCAAAAUGAUUCCCGAGUGCGGCCACCGCUGCUGCUCACUGCUCCCCUCACCUCCCAGGGGGGGUGGAACAAGGGGAUGGGUCAAAUGUAGAGGGUAAUUUCACCACACCUAGUGUGUGUGUGUGACUAUCAGUGGUACUUUAAAGGCCUUCUGAAAUGCGAUUUUCUUAUUUAAACGGGGAUAGCAGGUCCAUUCUAUGUGUCAUACUUGAUCAUUUCACGAUAUUGCCAUAUUUUUGCUGAAAGGAUUUAGUAGAGAACAUCGACGAUAAAGUUCGCAACUUUUGGUCGCUGAUAAAAAAAGCCUUGCCUGUACCGGAAGUAGCAGACGAGUAGCGUGACGUCACAGGUUGUGGAGCUCCUCACAUCUGCACAUUGUUUACAAUCAUGGCCACCCAGCAGCGAGUGCGAUUCGGACCGAGAAAGCGACGAUUUCCCCAUUAAUUUGAGCGAGGAUGAAAGAUUUGUGGAUGAGGAAAGUGAGAGUGAAGGACUAGAGGGCAGUGGGAGCGAUUAAGAUUGGUAAGAUGUUGUGAGAGGCGGGUGGGACCUGAUAUUUAGCUGGGAAUGACUAAAACAGUAAAUAAACACAAGACAUAUAUAUACUCUAUUAGCCACAACACAACCAGGCUUAUAUUUAAUAUGCCACAAAUCAAUCCCGCAUAACAAACACCUCCCCCCUCCCGUCCAUAUAACCCGCCAAUACAACUCAAACACCUGCACAACACACUCAAUCCCACAGCCCAAAGUACCGUUCACCUCCCCAAAGUUCAUACAGCACAUAUAUUUCCCCAAAGUCCCCAAAGUUACGUACGUGACAUGCACAUAGCGGCGCGCACAUACGGGCAAGCGAUCAAAUGUUUGGAAGCCGCAGCUGCAUGUGUACUCACGGUACCGUGUCUGCGUAUCCAACUCAAAGUCCUCCUGGUAAGAGUCUCUGUUGUCCCAGUUCUCCACAGGCCAAUGGUAAAGCUUGACUGUCAUCUUCCGGGAGUGUAAACAAUGAAACACCGGCUGUGUUUGUGUUGCCGCAGCCGCCCGCAAUACACCGCUUCCCACCUACAGCUUUCUUCUUUGCUGUCUCCAUUGUUCAUUGAACAAAUUGCAAAAGAUUAACCAACACAGAUGUCCAGAAUACUGUGGAAUUUUGCGAUGAAAACAGACGACUUAAUAGCUGGCCACCAUGCCAGCUAUUAAUGUCCUCUACAAUCCGUGACGUCACGCGCCGACGUCAUCAUACCGAGACGUUUUCAGCAGGAUAUUCCGCGCAAAAUUUCAAAUUGCACUUUAGUAAGCUAACCCGGCCGUAUUGGCAUGUGUUGCAAUGUUAAGAUUUCAUCAUUGAUAUAUAAACUAUCAGACUGCGUGGUCGGUAGUAGUGGGUUUCAGUAGGCCUUUCACUUUAACCAAUAUUUUCUAAAUCGAAAAACAAACAAUUUUUAUAACUUUUCAUUCAUUUUUUUAAUUAUCUUUGUUAAAAACUCCGCAAUAAAAGUUAUGUACUUUUCAUAUGGUUCAAUAAUACUGGGUCAACUUGCAAAAUCAGCAGGGGAUCAAUUCCUUCCAUCCUCACUGUAUCAGCCACUUCAGAGGUGUGUCACACUCAAAGAGAGUGUAAAUAUUGUCUGUUGCCCCGAUCGUUUUAAAGUAAAUCUAGAAAUACGAUGAUGAAAUUCUAUGAAUCUAACAAAAAAACAAAAACAAGAUUGUUAUGGUACAUUUUGUACAGUAGGUGGUUCUGUGUACAAAAGUGGCUCACAAAGAGAUUAUUGCUUUGGUGUUCCUUUGAUAAUGAACUCUUGAAAAGCUCAAGACUUCAGAUUUCUAUUGAAUGUUUGUAUCACUGUGCGCGGCAUAAACCACUGUACAGCAGGGCCGUCCAAACUUUGAAGGAAGCGGGGGGCCACUUUGAUACGUUUUGUACAUGAUUGAUGCUAAACAUCCACACCUUAGCUUUGUGGAACACAAAGCCAAUUAGUGCAAUAUCUAAUAACGAAUUCCUUUUAUUUUUACAAUAUCCCAAUUUACAAAAACGAGCUGCGAGCCCCGGCCCACCCUUUGGAGACCCCCUGCUGUACAAGAUUUGUGCGUAAAAUACCUUGAAAGCAAAGGAAAUGCCUUCGUCUCAACUGAAUGUACUGACAAAUAUAUAACGACGAGGUGCAGCUUUAAUGGACGUCUAAACUGCUGUGACUCCUAGAGAUUAAAGGUAUUGUUUAUGAUUCAAUAAUAGUUUGUUUUCAAAUGUACUUAACCAUCAGAGUGAGCACUGCAAUGAAUGUUUCCCAAUUGGGAAAAAAGGAACGUCGCCCGUGUUGCGAUUUAAAGAGUAGCAUAAAAGGCGGUCAUCCAUUUGUAUGUGGUGUAAUUUUGUGUUCAUCUAUAAUGACCGGUGAUGAAGUGUAACAUGUCCGUGCUGUAAAAGUUGAUUCAUUUGUAUUUUUUUACCCAUGCGAUGAUUCAUAAAACAGUCAUUAUUGAUACACGCUGAGGCUGCUUUAUGCUUCUUUCAUUGAGUCCAAAAGGCAAACGACAAGAUCGCCGGGGGGGUGAGGGGGUCCCCACAUUGCGGUCCCCUCCAAGGUUUCUCAUUGUCAUCCCAUUGGGUUGAGUUUUUUCUUGCCCUGAUGUGGGAUCUGAGUCGAGGAUGUCGUUGUGGCUCGUGCAGCCCUUUGAGACACUUGUGAUUAAGGGCUAUAUAAAUACACUUUGAUGAU